GGUCGUCGUGUUCGGUUUCGUUGGACGAAAUUUAGAGUUUGAAGUGAAAUUUGUCUACAAUUUCUGCAUUUUAACGUGAAUAUUGAAAUGACUGGACAAGAGGAUGUUUGCCCUACGCCGGAAAUUGCCCAAUUCAUCCACGAUGUGCGGCUAAACAAAAUCGUCGGCUCGCACAAGCUCACGUCCCGGACGUUGGCCCUGCUAACGAACCUGAUCUCCAAGUCGGAAUGGGGCACGGCUGAGAACCUGCUGGAGCAGAUCCGCCAGCAGGGCCACUUGCUGGUGGCGGCCCUUCCCCAGGACAUUGUGAUUGCCAACACGGUGCGCCGGAUUCUGAAAAUCGUCCGCGAAGAGUACGAUUCGGCCCAGCUGCGGGUGCACUACGACGAUGCCCAAACUUCGCUUUCGCUGCACAAACUGGUCACGCAAACCAGCGACCACAAGCGCGCCAACGACUACUCGAAGCCCCAGGAGGGACUGAAGGACGCGCUGCUGGAGCACCUGAGCGAGAUCGAAACCGAGCUGGAAACGUGCGCGGAAAACUUGACCUCCCAGGCGACGGAGCACAUCCACUCGGCGGAACUGAUCAUGACGCUGGGCCACUCCAAGUCGGUCGAGAAGUUCCUCAAGAAAGCGUCCGAGAACCGGAACAUCGAGGUGAUCGUGGCGGAGUGUGCCCCCGUCUGCAAGGGCCACCAGCUGGCCACCAAUCUGGGUAAAGCCAAGAUCCAAACGACCCUCAUCCCAGAUUCGGCCAUCUUCGCCAUGAUGUCGCGCGUCAACAAGGUUAUCAUCGGAACGCAGUGCGUGUUGGCCAACGGUGGGCUACGCGCCGUCUGUGGCGCCUAUUCGUUGGCCCUGGCGGCGAAACACUUUUCGGUGCCGGUGAUUGUGCUAGCGCCGACGUACAAACUGACCCCGGUGCACCUGUCCAGUUACGAUCAGGACGAUUUCAACAUUCUCGCAAAUACGGAGGGCGUGCUGGCGUACAAUUCGCGUGCGGCGCGCUUCGCCAAGGCGUACAAUCCGGUGUUUGAUUACGUGCCGCCGGAGCUGGUGACGCUGUUUAUUACCAACACCGGUGGCAACGCCCCUUCGUACGUCUACCGACUGCUCAGCGAGUUGUACCAUCCGGACGAUAGCGAGCUGUAAAGCGCCCAGGCCCAAGAGUUUAGGUAUUUUGGCAAUGAAUAACUUUUUUUGUUAAUAAAAUCUUUCGGUUUACGACUGCUUAAA